AUGAAGCAAUUACUUUAUACGCUUUUUACACUCGGGGGUAUAGCUUUGGCACAGAAUAAUAAUGCCAGUUUAACCACCUCUGAACCUGUCGACACCAAGGUCAUCGAGGUUAAGGACUGUGAUACAACUUCAGCGGUUACUUUCGAAAAUGCACAAGGUGAUGAUAUUGGCAGCGUUACGAUGAAAAUUUCAGAACCAAUUGAUAGUGCUGCACUUACUUACUCUAUUAUUGAGCAGGGUCUUACCCUUCUGAGCUUUGAUGGAGAUUUCUGUACUUAUUUAGCCAAGAGUGACAUCGAUUGCCCACUAAGCAAAGGAUCUUAUAAAGUAGACUUCUCAAGCGACUCUGAUAUUGUCAAUAGCUCACCAUCAAACUACACAGUCAAUAUAGACAUCCACAAUGGUGAUACCAAACUUGGUUGUGCGGAUGUACGCUUCCGCGUACCAGAAUCACCAGAAACUACUAUAAAUAUAAGUGAUUGA